CUCUCCCAGUCUGUAAGCCGCGUUGUCUCGGCGGCCGAGAGGCCCCGGCGCCCGCCCCCCGGCCCCCGCCCCCGCCCCCGCCCCCGGCCCCGGCUCUGCCCACGCCCUCCGCCCGCCAGCCCCGCAGCCAGCGCAGAGCCGGGCCUCGCUCCCCGUGCGUCCUGCGGGGGCGGAGGCGCGGAGAGGCGGCAAGCGCAGCCGGGGAGGUGGGGGGGCAGAGGCACAGACAGAGGCUCGGAGGCUCGGAGAGAGAAGACGUGGAGGGAGGGACAGAGCCUGGACAGCGGUGGACACGGCAUCUUGCGCGGGGAGGAGCGCAACGCGCAGCAGGCGCCGAGCGCCGGGCACCGAGAAGGGCAGCCCGGGUGGUCUCCGGCAGUCCAUGCACAGAGCGCCUUCCCCCACAGCCGAGCAGCCGCCGGGCGGAGGGGACAGCGCCCGCCGGACCCUGCAGCCCAGACUCAAGCCCAGUGCCCGAGCCAUGGCACUGCCUCGGACGCUGGGGGAGCUGCAGCUGUACCGGGUCCUGCAGCGCGCCAACCUCCUUUCCUACUAUGAGACCUUCAUCCAGCAGGGAGGGGACGACGUGCAGCAGCUGUGUGAGGCGGGUGAGGAGGAGUUUCUGGAGAUCAUGGCACUUGUGGGCAUGGCCACGAAGCCCCUCCAUGUCCGACGCCUGCAGAAGGCACUAAGAGAGUGGGCCACCAAUCCAGGGCUCUUCAGUCAACCAGUGCCUGCUGUUCCUGUGUCCAGCAUCCCGCUCUUCAAGAUCUCUGAGACUGCGGGUACCCGGAAAGGGAGCAUGAGCAAUGGGCAUGGCAGCCCAGGGGAAAAGGCAGGCAGUGCCCGCAGUUUUAGUCCCAAGAGCCCCCUUGAACUUGGAGAGAAGCUAUCACCACUGCCUGGGGGACCAGGGGCAGGGGACCCCCGGAUCUGGCCAGGCCGGAGCACUCCAGAGUCGGACGUUGGGGCAGGAGGAGAAGAGGAGGCUGGCUCGCCCCCCUUCUCCCCCCCUGCAGGGGGAGGAGUCCCUGAGGGGACUGGGGCUGGGGGGCUGGCAGCAGGUGGGACUGGGGGUGGUCCAGACCGACUGGAGCCAGAGAUGGUACGCAUGGUGGUGGAAAGUGUGGAGAGGAUCUUCCGGAGCUUCCCAAGAGGGGAUGCUGGGGAGGUCACAUCCCUGCUAAAGCUGAAUAAGAAGCUGGCACGGAGCGUGGGGCACAUCUUUGAGAUGGAUGAUAAUGACAGCCAGAAGGAAGAGGAGAUCCGCAAAUACAGCAUCAUCUAUGGCCGUUUCGACUCUAAGCGGCGGGAGGGCAAGCAGCUCAGCCUGCAUGAGCUCACCAUCAACGAAGCUGCUGCCCAGUUCUGCAUGAGGGACAACACGCUCUUAUUGCGGAGAGUGGAGCUCUUCUCUUUGUCCCGCCAAGUAGCCCGAGAGAGCACCUACUUGUCCUCCUUGAAAGGCUCCAGGCUCCACCCUGAAGAACUGGGAGGCCCUCCACUGAAGAAGCUGAAACAAGAGGUUGGAGAACAGAGUCACUCUGAAAUCCAGCAGCCGCCCCCAGGCCCUGAGUCCUAUGCACCUUCAUACCGCCCCAGCCUGGAGGAGGACAGCGCCAGCCUGUCUGGGGAGAGUCUGGAUGGACACUUGCAGGCUGUGGGGUCAUGCCCAAGGCUGACGCCGCCCCCUGCUGACCUGCCUCUGGCAUUGCCAGCCCAUGGGCUAUGGAGCCGCCACAUCCUGCAGCAGACACUGAUGGACGAGGGGCUGCGGCUCGCCCGCCUCGUCUCCCACGAUCGCGUGGGCCGCCUCAGCCCCUGUGUGCCUGCGAAGCCACCUCUCGCAGAGUUCGAGGAAGGGCUGCUGGACCGCUGUCCUGCCCCAGGACCCCAUCCUGCGCUGGUGGAGGGUCGCAGGAGCAGCGUGAAAGUGGAGGCUGAGGCCAGCCGGCAGUGAGGGGUGCACUGGUGUUUUCAGACACAGGACCCCAGACUUCUGGCUCACGCAGACCCCACGCUCUCCAUCCCCGGAAUCUAGUCACAACCCUGGAUCCUUCCGCUGCCCUUCUCCUGCCUCCCCACCUGCUCCAUGGGCAUAGACUGUGGGGCUUCAAGCAAUAACAAGCAGGGGCCUGGAGAGAGGACACAAGGAGGGUGCGUGGUGCCCUCACCCCUGCCCAGAGCGAGGGGGCAAGGACUCUGCCUCCAGGGCCUCUGGGGUUCUCCCCUCCCUCAUACAACACACUCCCAUUCUCUUUAGGUUUGCACCAGUGGUGUGAGCAGUUGGACUCAGUUUGGACAAGGGGGAGAGGGGGACUUCCCUGGGAAGGUCCAGCAGCUAAAAGUGGCAACAUUUGCCCCCAGAACUGGGGGCCUGGGAACACUGGACCUGCUCCUUCUCCCCUCUCCUUCCCCAUUUUUGUGCUUCUGGUUUGUUUCUUUAAUUUAACAAGUGCUGCAGUUUGCCCUCCCAUUCCCAUCUCUUCCCCCAAGUCCUUAGCAAUUUCUUCCCUCCUGCCCUUUGUGGGGGCAGUGGGUGUGGGAUCCCUUCACUGGCCCCCUCGGGAGGCCUGGGUUGGACUCAGGGUCUCCUCCAGCUGGGGGCUGGACCACAGCACCUAUCUGAGCAGUUAGAGCGUCUUUCUUUUCAGAUUGUGUACAGUAGAUUAUUUAUUUUGUUAUUUUGGAAUAAAAUUUAUUUUAUGGCUUAGGA